UCCAGUCCUCACCUGAGACGCAGAGACAUCAGAGACGCAGAGACGCAGAGACGCCCGAGGUGAAGAUGAGCGGCGCUGGAGUGUUCCUCGUGCUUUUCUUCGUUGGCGUUUGUGCCGCAGCUCCUGAGAAGCUCGUCUACGCUCAGCUGGGACGUGAUGUUGAACUGCGCUCGCCGUUUGGAACAGACAAGUACGUGACCUGGUACAUCGGGGGGGCAGACGUCGCCUGGUCCAACCCGUCUGGAGGGAGAAAGAUAUUAGAAACAGAAUGGCGCCCUCGUCUGGAGUUGUCGUCCAACGGGCUCGUCAUAAAGAACGUGACCCGCGGGGAGUUUGGCGCCUUCAGCUGCGUCGCCAGAGACAAGAAAAUAGAAACGGGACGACAGCUUUUCAAACUGGUUCAAGUCGAAGUGGUGGUGGACCCUCCGGUGCUCGUCUCUGGACAGUGGUUGUCUCUGAGCUGCAGUGUCCCAGACCCUGGCCACGCCCCUCGUGUCCACUGGGUCGGUCCAAAGGGACAGACGCCUGAGACGAGCGGAGGCGGAGCCAGAGUCAGGACGACGGCGGAUCACAGCGGAGACUGGACCUACGUCCUGACGGACCAGAACGAACGGACGACAGGAACCGUCAACGUCAGGGUCAUAGACCUCCUUCCUCUUGCUCCUGUUCAGACCGUCUUCACCUCCUCCUCGUCUCCGCUCCUCGUCCCGUGCUCCCUCGCUCCCGGCGCCUCCUGGACAGACGUCAGGUCCAGGGGCGUGGUCGAGGUCGGCUGGAACUUCUGCCCAAACGUCUGGUGCGAUAAACCCAGACUCCUCACGCUGUCUCUGGAGUCUAAACCGACCUGGACGACGGCGGCGAAAGGCAGAGCUCGGCCCAAACACGACCCCGGCAACGGCGACCUGUCCCUGGGCAGAAACGUGGGACGAGACGGGGACGCCGGCGCCUACGAGUGCUUCAUCAGGUUUAAAGACGGAGAGAUCCUGAAUAGGACUGUGCGCGUGGAGGUGCUGCGAAUCGUCGCUUCACCCGGGACAAGGCUAAACGAAGGCGACCCGCUGAACCUGACCUGCACAACGGGCCGUCCGCCGCGGCCCGACCUUCAGAUCAAAUGGCUCCCUCCCUCGUCCCUCUCCGCCCUCCGCCCGCCCCCCCACAUCUCCAUCCCGUCGGCGGGCGGGGCGGAGAACGGGACGUGGACAUGUGAGCUGUGGAGAGGAGAGGAGCUGCUGACGUCGACUCGGGUGGAGCUGAGAAUUGAGUCAAAGUUCAGCGUGUGGAUGCUCGUGACCCUGUGUGCGCUGGCGGCCAUUUUGAUUCUUCUUGUCGUUCUCAUCAUCAUCAUCCAGAGACGCAGACAGAGAAGAUCAAGACGACACAUGCGACUGUGCCAGUGUAAAAACCCCAAACCAAAAGGAUUUUACAGAUCGUGACCUACGCGCCGUAAAGACGACAUCAGAGCCAGUCCAUUUCAGACCAAAUUAUCUGUUAAAUUAUGUUUGGGACUUUUUCAGAAGCGAGAACAAGAGAUAUAUAUAAAAUAAAAUAAAAUACAGAGCCACGAUCGCUGCAUCACACUGGGCCUGGUUUGGACCUGAUUUUAUCCUGAUUUAUUGUAGGUUUAGUCCCAGUUUAGUCUUGGUUUAGUCCCAGUUUAGCCCCAGUUUAGUCCCAGUUUAGUCUUGGUUUAGUCCCAGUUUAGUCCCAGUUUAGCCCCAGUUUAGCCCCAGUUUAGCCCCAGUUUAGUCCCAGUUUAGUCCCAGUUCAGCUGUGUUCUGUGUACAGAUGUGAACACAUCCAGGCGAGUGAUGAUUUAGUUUGUUUAUAACGACAUAUAUUUUCUGAAUGUUCUGUUUUUAUUUGAUACGUCGCCUUUUUGUUUUUAUGUAAAUAUUGUUCAUAUUCAUUUUUAUUUCAUUUUUAUCUCAGUUUAAAAGCAGCGUUUGAAUUCUGCUUUUGUACAAGUUUAAUUUUCAGUUUAAGGCCUGUGUCUGCAGUUACAUUCACUCUCAAAAUCCAAUUAAUACCAGAUUUUUUUUUUUUUUUUUUUUUUUUUUUAUUAUUUAAACUACACGUAAAAAACAAAAACAUCUCAUUUAUUUCUGAUCGUGGUCUCUCUCGAUUCUGCAGUUUACGUGUCAUUUAGCUCAUCUUAAACGUCCAGAAAUCAGACUAUAAUCAGAUUUUGGUGCGUCGGGGCUAGGGGGGCUUUGUUGUUUUGGAUCUUAAAAUAAAAACUUGACACUUUAUUUACCGGCGAUGCAAAUCAUUCCAAACAUCAUCAGAGGAGUCGACAGAGGGGGACACAGGUCUGCUGUCCUGGGCCCCACAAUUGGAUUAAUUCACAUUAGAGGGGGCCCAUUUCAGAUUUUUCACCCCAGGCCCCCAAAUAUUCUGUUGACGGCCCUGGUACUUUUUAUUUUUGUCAUAGCUGUUCAUAUUAUUUUGUUUUUAUUGAUGUAUAUUUCAAGG